UGCAGCUCUUGGUUGUCAGGUGAUCAGCUGACCGAACAGAUCGGUCUGUCUGACGGACUAGCUAAAUAAGACGAUAAGGAGGACAAUUUCAAUUUCAUUUUGCCAAGGAGGGACACUUUCUUCGAUAAGCCUUCAAUUACAAGGACAUGUUCCAGGAGUGAUUUAUCUGUGAAACAUCUGCAUCAUGUCGGGGAACAACUUGGUUCUACCCAUAGUGCUAUGGGGCCGCACCGCUCCCACCCACUGCAUCAGCAGCCUGCUGGUGAUGGACAACUUCAACACCAUCAUCACCGGCUGCCACGACGGACAGAUCUGCAUCUGGGACAUGACGACUGAGCUGGAGAUUUGUCCCCGGGCCAUGUUGUUUGGUCACACAGCCUCCAUCACCUGUCUGUCUAAAGCCAGUGCAUGCAGUGAGAAACAGUACAUCGUCAGCGCGUCAGAGAGCGGAGAGAUGUGUUUAUGGGAUGUGAACGAUGGACGCUGUAUUGAGUUCACCAAGUUGGCCUGUGCUCACACUAGCAUACAGUUCUACCAGUUCUCCAUCGGCACCGAGAAAGAGGGACGUCUGCUUUGCAACGGACACUACCCAGAAAUCCUUGUGGUGGACGCCACCAGCCUGGAGGUCCUGUACUCGCUGGUGUCCAAGAUCUCCCCCGACUGGAUCAGCUCCAUGAGCAUCAUCCGCUCCCACCGCACACAGGAGGACACGGUGGUGGCGGUGUCAGUGACGGGGAUUUUGAAGGUGUGGAUCAUCACAGCGGAGGUCAGCAAGAUCCAGGACCUGGACCCUGUGUUUGAAGAGGAGUCCAAACCCAUCUACUGUCAGGGCUGUCAGAGUAUCUCCUUCUGCACCUUCACUCAGAGCAGCCUGCUGGUCGUCUGCUCCAAGUACUGGAGGGUGUUCGACGCAGGUGACUACUCGCUCCUCUGCUCAGUGUCCAGUGAAAACGACCAGGCCUGGACCGGAGGAGAGUUCAUCGCCGCGGACAGAGUCAUCAUCUGGACGGAAGACGGCUGCAGUUACAUCUACAAGCUGCCCGCCAGCUGUCUGCCUGCCAGUGAACAUUUCCGCAGUGAUGUGGGGAAAACCAAAGAAGGCGCCAUCCCUCCGCUGGUCUACAGCAUCGCCGACCGCUUAGACAAACAGCUCCUGAUCUGUCCUCCCGUCACUCGGUUCUUCUUCGGCCGACGGGAGCCCUUCCACAAGCUGCUGAUCCAGGGGGACUCAGCGGGCAGACUGUCCAUGUGGAGCAUCCCCGACACCUCGCCCCUGCAGCCGCUGUCCACCGCCGCAGAGCUGCAGGUGUCGUCCUCCAUCAGUCUCCAGGAGUCGUUUGAUAAGUUGACCCCCGUGUCUUCAGGGAUCAUUGACCAGCUCAGCGCUCUGCCUGGGAAAGAUGGACCCAUCAAGGUGACGGCAAGCGUGUACAUCCCCUCUCAGGGUCGCCUGGUGUGCGGCAGAGAGGACGGCAGCAUAAUCCUAGUUCCUGCUACUCAGACCGCCAUCGUGCAGCUGCUGCAGGGGGAGCACAUGCUGCGGAGAGGAUGGCCGCCCCACCGUACUCUACGAGGACACCGCAACAAGGUGACGUGCGUCCUGUAUCCGUACCAGAUCUCCCCGCGCUACGACCAGCGCUCCCUGGUGUCCGGAGGAGUGGACUUCUCUGUCAUCGUCUGGGAUAUCUUCACCGGAGAGAUGAAGCACAUCUUCUGCGUCCACGGAGGAGAGAUCACCCAGCUCAUCGUCCCGCCGGAGAACUGCAGCACUCGGGUGCAGCACUGCGUCUGCUCGGUGGCCAGCGACCACUCUGUCGGCCUGCUCAGUCUCCGAGAGAGGAAGUGCAUCAUGCUGGCGUCGAGACACCUGUUCCCCAUCCAGGUCAUCAAGUGGCGUCCGGCGGAUGACUACCUGGUGGUGGGCUGCUCCGACGGCUCCGUCUACGUCUGGCAGAUGGAUACCGGAGCGUUGGACCGCUGUGUGAUGGGGAUCACGGCGGUAGAGAUCCUGAACGCCUGUGACGAGCUGGCCCCGGCCACCGUGGACGCUCUGAGCCACUCCGCAGUGAACCUGAAGCAGGCCAUGACCCGCCGCAGCCUGGCAGCUCUGAAGAACAUGGCCACGCACAAGCUGCAGACGCUCGCCACCAACCUGCUGGCUGCAGACAACGCCGACAAGGGCAACCUGCCGAAAUACUCCCACAAUGCACUGGUGGUGCAGGCGAUGAAGACCAACCUGACGGACCCCGACAUGCACGUGCUGUUCUUCGACGUGGAGGCGGUGAUCAUCCAGCUGCUGACGGAGGAGGCCCAGAGACCCAGCCCCACCCUGGUGUCUCCAGAGACGCUGCAGAAGAGCCAGGCUGGGGCCGACAAGGGGGGGUCCUUCCUGGCCAACAAGAUCUUUAAACAGGUGAAGGAGACGAUGAAGGAGACCAUCAAGGAGCACCUGUUGGACGAAGACGAGGAGGAAGAGGAGGAGAUGAGAAGGCGGGAGGAGAAGUCCAAGUCUCUCAGUCUGCUGGAGUACAACCUGACGAUGGACACAGCCAAGCUCUUCAUGUCCUGCCUGCACGCAUGGGGGCUCAACGAGCAGCUGGACGGCAUCUGUCUGGAGCGACUGGGCAUGCUCAGACCGCACUGCCCCAUCUCCUUCGGCCUGAUCUCCAGAGGAGGUCACAUGUCCCUCAUGCUGCCCACCUUCAAGGAGUCCUUGCUGCGACAGUUGUCCCUGGCGACGGGUCUGAAGCUGACUCUGACUGACAUCGUGGGGAAGGGGACGUACGGCGUGUCGAGAGCCGUCACCACGCAGCACCUGCUCUCCAUCAUCUCUCUGGCCAACACUCUGAUGGGCAUGACCAACGCCACCUUCGUGGGAGAACACAUGAAGAAAGCCCCCGUCAGGCCUCCCAGACCAGGAGGAACCCCGGAGACUCCUCGCAGGACGCUGACUGCCCCCCCUCAGCCCUCCAACCCGGCGCUACAGGCCCAGAUCAAACAAGGUUGGAGCCAGCUGGCAGCCAUGCACUGUGUGAUGCUCCCCGACCUCCUUGGACUGGACAAGUUCAGACCUCCUCUGCUGGAGAUGUUGGCGAGAAGAUGGCAGGACCGCUGUCUGGAGGUGCGUGAAGCAGCUCAAGCUCUCUUGCUGGCUGAGUUGAGGAGGAUUGGCCAAUCGGGACGUAAAGACACCAUUGACUUGUGGGCUCCAUACCUGCCUCAGUAUGUCGACACUGUCAGCUCCCCCGGCUCCACCACUGAGCCCUCCCCUCCGGCUCCGCCCCCUCCCGAGGCUCAGCCAAUCGAAGCAAAGGUUCCCGAGGAGGAAAUGGACGUCACGGAUGACGACAUCACAGCAGGCUGUCUGUCCAACCUGCCGCCGAACGCCAAGAAGAUCUCCAACUCGUACGAGGAGCGGCGCAAACAAGCCACGGCCAUCGUGCUGCUGGGGGUCAUCGGGGCGGAGUUCGGCGCCGAGAUUGAACCUCCAAAGGGGGCGGUGCGGGCUCGGACCGGGGGGCAGGCGCCUGAGGGCUUUGGACUGACGAGCGGAGGGUCUUCCAACUACUCCCUGGCCAGACACACAUGUAAGGCGCUGACCUUCCUGCUGCUGCAGCCCCCCAGCCCCAAGCUGCCUCCACACAGCACCAUCCGCCGCACAGCCAUCGAUCUGAUUGGCCGAGGCUUCACCGUGUGGGAGCCAUAUAUGGACGUGUCGGCGGUGCUCAUGGGGCUGCUGGAGCUCUGCGCCGACGCCGAGAAGCAGCUGACCAAUGUCACCAUGGGUCUGCCUCUGAACCCGCCGGCCGACUCCGCUCGCUCGGCCCGCCAUGCCCUCUCUCUCAUCGCCACAGCUCGCCCACCGGCUUUCAUCACCACCAUCGCCAGAGAGGUUCAUCGCUUCAACGCAGCGCAGGCCAACUCUCAGUCGCAGCAGAACGUUCACACCACCACUCUGGCCCGAGCCAAGAAUGAGAUCCUGCGGGUCAUCGACAUCCUGAUCGAGAAGAUGCCCGGAGACGUAGUGGAUCUGCUGGUCGAGGUGAUGGAUAUCAUCAUGUAUUGUAUUGAAGGCUCUCUGGUGAAGAAGAAAGGACUGCAGGAGUGCUUCCCCGCUAUUUGCAAGUUCUACAUGGUUGGUUACUGUGACCGCAGUCACCGCAUCGCUGUCGGAGCUCGCCAGGGUUCAGUGGCCCUCUACGAUGUUCGCACGGGAAAAUGCCAGAACAUCCAUGGUCACAAAGGUCCCAUCACAUCGGUGUCGUUCGCCCCUGAUGGCCGUUACCUGGCAACGUACUCCAACACUGACAGCCACAUCUCCUUCUGGCAGAUGAACACCAGUCUGCUGGGCAGCAUCGGGAUGUUGAACUCGGCCCCUCAGCUGCGCUGCAUUAAGACCUCCCAGGUUCCUCCCGUGCAGCCGGCGUCCCCGGGCUCCCAGAACCACCUGAAGCUCGCCCGCCUCAUCUGGACCUCCAACCGCAACGUCAUCCUGAUGGCCCACGACGGCAAGGAGCACCGCUUCAUGGUCUGAACCACGUCUGGAUCCCCAGCUGGGUCUGAGAUGGGUUCACUCAGCAGCACUGGUUUUAGCUUCAAGCAUCUAACCUUAGAGGUCUGACAGUGAAGAGGUUUUAUUGGGAUGUCUCAUAAAGAUCUGACGGUUUCAAAAUGGGCGGGAAACGUAAAGGUCCGGCUCAGGUUGGACUGAAUUAUUUUCAGUUUUUAUCUCCUGUAGUGAACAUUGUGAAACUUGCUUUGUAAUUUAUUUAAAAGCCGUUAUAUAAAGGCGUGUUUAUACUGUGAUGUGCAUUGAUGUAUUUUUUAGUUGUUAACACCUUCUUGUCAUUCCUAUUUAUUGCCUGUGAGCCGAACGUCACAGAUCAGUGUGGGUUCGAUGUUAGCCGUUGACUCCCGACUAGGUUUUAAUUCAGUAAACUCAAAGCGAUUCAAUCUUAAUUUUCUCUUCUUUAUAUUAAAGUUUGGGAGUCAGAAUAUGAAAGUUCGGAUGGAUUUCUGAAGUUGUCAUUGCUGGAAUUAAACAUUUAUUUUAAAAUAUCUCACAGAAGUUCUCCCCCGCUCUCUUCAAUGCUUUGGUAAUCUCCGACCUCUUUCCACAUCUCACCCUGUGUGUGUGUGUGUGUGUGUGUGUGUGUGUGUUCGGUGUUCGGUGUUUGCUUUUACUUUUGUGACACCUUCGAUGCUUUUCCAUCCUCUCUGAGCGUCACGCAGACAUGUGUGUACGCGUUUACACCCAAGAGUAUUUUCACAAGCACACAUUCUCACUUCAGACUCCGCUCGUCCUAAAAGCACGAUCACAGUUAACCUCUGGAUGGCGGAGCAUUACUAACUGCAGAGAUUAACCAACAAACUGAAAAGCAUAACGGUUCAUUUGGUCUCAUUUGAAGAGGAAAAUUGCCGCAGUAAGGGGCUCCUCUUUACCUCCGUUUGAAUCCUGAAUUGCCACGUAUUUGUUGUGGUAUUUGCGUCUGAUAAACACAAGCUUAUCCUCCACUUUCUACCGCGGCCGGACAAAUAAGUCAGAGCGCUCGGAAAUAAUGCGACAAGUGGCUCUGUUCUCAUAGGCAUCGAUUAAAAGCGACGCCAAGACACUACACUACAAAAACGUGAAUUCUUGCCAAGUAUAUUUAUCUAAUAUCCAGUCAGAAUGUGUGUGUACACUGGAUAUCAGACCUCCUGACUUAAUAUAGAACAAUGCAGUGAGAUAUAGGGUCUUGUUUUUAACAAUGCGUCUUAAUUCAGUUCAAAAACAUCUUAUUUUGAGUUUAAGAAAACUGAGGACUUGAGGAUUUCUGGCUUAUUUUGAAACUUGAUUGCUUCAUUCUGGUAGUUUUCCACGAUCUAAUUUAGCUAAAUACUCCAUCUCAUUUCAAUAAAUCUGACCAGGCAAAUGCUCACCUGUUCUAUUGGAUCGUUGUGCUUAUUAGAAGUUGAAACACCUUGUUUUCAUAUUUUCUUUACUUGUUUUUGGAGCACAAACUCUUCAGUAUGUGUGUUAUUAUGUCUUCAUGUUGGUCCCGAGUGAACCUUAAUUGUGUUGUUGGUCUGAUUUCCCCCACAUGUCCCUUCUGUGUGUUCACUGGAGUGUUCCUUCCUGUGUUUGAAGGAGAACAGCAGCUUCCUGUUUCCCUGCCGUGUCAUUUUGCCGGCUGGUGAGUUUCUUUGCAGACGACAUGCUCUUUAUUUGACUGUGAAUGUGACGACUCCUCUUUUAAACGUUCCCGUGUACAGUGUAUGUAUAUGAUCAGAGCUGCUGCAUGGUCUCUUGUACAGUGAGCGUAGAUCCUGCUUGGUGUGUUUAUCGUGGCUAACGUGACGGUCUGCCUGGCACUGACUAGCUCUUAAAUCUCCUGUAAACCUUAUUUAAAACGUUACUUGUCUGAUGAAGAUCUUCUCUAUGAUUUUAUGGAGAAAGAAAGCUGUAUUUGUUUCUAAAAUGUUUCUAAUGUUCCUUGUAAUUACAGCGAGGCAUGGCAUAGCUUGUUAUCCCAGAUGCAGCGCUAUCUAUGGCUUCAUAUGAGGGAUGCUAACGGCUUUAGCAGCUAAUUAUCCAGCUGUUUAUCUUCUCACCUGGCUUCAGUGAUGUACAGAUGUACCGUCACGUGUGUCAGUACACCGUGAUGUCACUGUUUGGUAUCAAUACUUUGAACUCAGAGUUUUAUUCAGAAAGAUAUAUAUAAAUAGAGAGAAAUAGAAAUGUAGAUAGAUAUAAACAGAUGUUCCGUCAGAAUAAGACAGAUUUUUUGAUCUGUUUGAGACUCUUGGUAAUAAUUUGACACUAAACCCACUUUAUUCUAUGUUUUCCAAGUGUCCUUCUCCUCACUCCUUCCUCCCUCGUCUCCUUCCUCCCUCUCCUCCUUCCUCCCUCUCCUGUCAGUUUCAUUAGUGCUGUCAGAAAGCUUCUAACACCGUUACACACCUGUAAACCCGAGCGUGUCAAAGCUUUUCACAAGUCCUUCGUCUCUUCAAAAAAAAUAUAUCAGGCAGACAGGUUUCUACACACACACACACACACACACACACACACACACACACACACACACACACACACACACACACACACGUCCAGACAGCUUUGAGAUCUUAAUCUUUGGUUUUCUCCGGCACUCUUAACAGUCUGAGAAAAUAUGUUUUUGGCAGCCUCUCUGGGGAGGAAAGGUGCGAAAAAUAAAGGAGGCAGGGAGGAGGAGAGGAGGAGUAAGUAACAAGUGAGGAACAUCAGGUCAUCCACCCAGAAAAAAAGGGGCUUCUUUGGUGAAGGUAGUGAACCAAACGGUCUGGAAGGACCCUCCGGUUUCUCUUUAAAAGCUGCAACAUGGAUACAAAUAACAUAUGCAGUCCAAAACCUCUCAGUACGUUUGUUUAGUUGUUCGUUAUCGUGAAAAAUGAGGCUUUCAUCUGACAGAAAUGAUAAAUAUGACGGCAGUCUGACACGAUUAACCAAAAGUUCGCCUCUGAUUUGCAAUGAUUGGUCGUAUUCCAAAAGAAAAGCUUCCUUUCGUACUUCAUGUGAAUGCCGAUCAUCCUCAUGAAUUCUUCUCUUAUUUAUUGGUUACACAGUGAAUCGAUGUAGAUAUUUCAGAGUGUGUGUGUGUGUGUGUGUAGUAUAUGUUUAUGAGCUUCUCUUGAUGUAACACGGAGCAGGUUGGAUCUACAUAUUCACGUGUUGUGUAAAAAUGUGUUGCUGUUUACUGUGUCCAAUAAAGAUGCAAAUGAGA